GAUUGUGAAUGCUUUUCUUUCACUCACUCAUGUUUCAUUUUCAUUCGCUGUUCUCCUCUCUCGCUCGUCCAUCUUUCAAAAAAAAUAUUCCGUGCUGUGGUGAUAACGAUACGAUUGUUAUUUUUAAUUAAAUAUUCCGACUCGAAAGCCCAUAUUGAACGACUGCGUGUAACUGUAUAAUUGAGGUGCUGUCAGUUUUUAAGGCGUGUUAUUUUCACAGCUCUUGUGAAUAAAAACAUUACAUAAUGCCGCUGCUGAGGUUGACAACGGGUACUUUCGGCCAGCUACGCACUUUCGCGACGUCACCAGCCCUUGGGAAGAGAGUGAAAACCUUCGCCGUGUACCGCUGGAAUCCCGAUGAGCCCGACAAGAAGCCCUACACCCAGAAUUAUGAGGUGGAUUUGGACGAUUGCGCGCCCAUGGUGUUGGACGCCUUGCUGAAAAUUAAAAAUGAAAUGGACCCGACGCUGACAUUCAGGCGCUCAUGCCGCGAGGGUGUGUGUGGUUCCUGUGCCAUGAACAUCGACGGUGUCAACACACUGGCGUGCAUCAGCCACAUCGACACGAACUUGAGCAAGCCUUCCAAAAUCUACCCAUUGCCUCAUAUGUACGUGGUAAAAGACCUCGUGCCGGAUCUGACGAACUUUUACCGCCAGUACCAGUCGAUAGAGCCGUGGCUGCAGCGCGACAAGGAGGCGGCUAAAGGUAAGGAGACUCAGCUGCUGCAGGACGUCGAGGACCGCGCCAAGUUGGACGGACUCUACGAGUGCGUGCUGUGCGCCUGCUGCUCCACCAGCUGUCCCUCGUACUGGUGGAACGGCGACAAGUACCUCGGCCCCGCAGUGCUCAUGCAGGCCUACAGGUGGAUCAUCGACUCCCGUGACGACGCCACUGACAAACGUCUCUCCAAGCUUAAGGACACAUACUCUGUGUACCGGUGUCACACCAUCAUGAACUGCACACGAACAUGCCCCAAGGGCCUGAACCCUGGCCGUGCUAUUGCCCAGAUCAAGACCCUGCUGUCAGGUAUUGUCAAGAAGCAGCCACCGAUCAUGGACCCCGCAGGUCUUGAGAAGCAGGCAGCCCACAACUAAACCUCGCACUAACUGAUGAAGGCUUGACAUGCUUUUAGUCAGACAGUAGAUGUACUUAAUAGGUUCAGCAAUGACAACCUCAAUUAAGCUACCUUAGAAACGUUACCACGCAUCUAAAACAGUAAGUAGUGAUAAGAUUGUUUUUGUAUCCAAUAAAAGUGUAAGGGCUGUAAAUAAUUCAAGAUUUAUACACAAAAGUAGUUUCAAUCAUGUGAAAUUAGCAGCCAUAAAGUAAUGCCAAGUUUUUGUUUAUUUAUAAGCAGCGGGAAUUGCUAUCGAUUUUCCUGAAACUUAUUACAGAAAAUACUUUUUGAUGUUUAUUGUUGGUCAGACAAACGUAAUGUAUUUAUUUGAUAGAAACCUUUUAGCAUUUUUGGAUCACUUUUCUUUCAACUCUAUUGAGGCAAGGUAAGGCGGGGCCUUUAUUCAUGAAAUUUUAUGAAAAUUACAUCUGUGAUCUUGCCAAUAUAAUAAUAAUAUGACAAAUCUGACUUAAAAUAGUCAAACUUGUAAAACUAAUAACAUUUUCAAUAAACAAAAAGUGUUAAAUGUAUUCAAGGUCAAAAGAUGACUAUAUUUGCAUGUUUUUGUCUCACAAGAGGUUUUUUUUCUUAUAAAUAAUGUGAAGUAUAAAGCACAAUUUAAAAUUAAAUUAAUGUAAAGUUUGUGACAUCAUAAAUUAUUGGGUCGGCCAAAUACAAUUAUGUAAAAUAUAAAAUAAUCAUUUUACUUUGACUGCCAUUUUCUUACAAAAUGGCUAUGUGGAAAGGUAAAAUAUUUUCUCUUAACAGACCUUAUUUCCUUAUUAAUCAUAAUUAUAUAAAUUUUCCUCAAUUUGCAAUCAUAGUGGUCAAAUAGGUCAACGUAAUGUUGAUUAAUUAAAUCUCUAGUACAAAUGGACAUUUGCAAUAAACUGAUAAUUACUUUAAUGAUAUUAAAUUGUGAAAUUAAAUAAAAGUAUUAUAGUAGAAAGUAUUUUAAAGUACUGAUGCAACUUCAUUUUUUAAAUUAUUGAGCAUCGCAUGUUGUAUUUAUUGUUCAUUUCAUGUGUUUUGGACGCAUUGAAUUGUAUUAAAGUUGUUAAUAAAUAAUCAUGUAAGUAA